AUGGAAGGUAAUUCGAAGCGUUAUAUUAGGAGUGAGUCCGCAAGUUGUGCCCAUAUGGUUGAAGAAAACACUGCGAAUAACAGAAAGAGCGCUGACCCUCAUGAGAAGCUGAAGGCUCUGUUAAACUCCCCGGAAGAGGAUACGGAUGACACCCUGCCACCAUCUGAUGCUCCCAAGUUCGGAACCGUUAUUCACAAUAGAAUUUUCGUCGGUGGAUUUUCAUUGACCACGACAGAUGAGGAUUUGUGGAAAUUCUUUUCGGGAUUCGCCACGGUGACCGCCGCUCGGGUGAUCUACGACAGGGCAGGGGUCUCCAAAUGCUAUGGCUUCGUUACGUUCGCCAGUCCGCGGGUCGCUAGGCUGAUUGUCAAACAGGUUAGAGCGUUUUUAUUAUCUAAAUGCUACUUCUUUGUUUCCGAGAUGUGA